GUUCCAAGCAAGCACGUGCCAUUUCAUCAAUUUUUCUCAAAGUUAGAACUCUGUCUUUCUCUCUCAGUCUCAUAGUCAACUCAUCUCUCUCUCUCUCUCUCUCUCUCUCUCUCUCUCUCUCUCUCUCUCAUGCUGCAUUCAACUAAGUGAUGAACUCAAUUUCAAGAAUCAACCAUAGAUCUUCAAAUCUAAUAAAACUGUUGGAGAUUGAAGCAUUUUUUUGGUGAAUUUGGGGGAAAUUAAUGUUUUUACUAAAAGGGGAUAGAGAUUUUUAGUGAUAUAUGAAUCAUGAUUGUUGAAGAAAGGAAAAUAAUGGAGGAAAGUAGCAACAAUAGAGGUGAAUUUCAAGCUAGUUUAGCUAAACUUUCUUCAUUGAGGUCAGGUGGAAGUUUUAAAUCAACAUUAUCGGGAAGAACAACUCCGCGAAGUAAUUCUCCUUCGUUUCGGAGAUUAAAUACUAGUCGUACGCCGAGAAAAGAUGGAAGGGGUUUUGGUGGUUCGGUGUUGUUUAGGAGCAAUCGUGUGUUAUUGUGGUUGCUUCUAAUUACCCUAUGGGCUUAUCUUGGAUUUUUUGUUCAGUCUAGGUGGGCACAUAGUGAUAAGAAAGAGGAAUUUUCUGGCUUUGGAACCGGGCCAAGAAAUACUGGCAUAGAUGCUGAUCCGAGUCUUCGUCGUGAUUUGAUUGCUAGUGAGGACUCGUCAUCUGUUAAUAAUGAGACAGUUAGAAAUAAAGGGGGGAUUGGUAGAACAAUAAAUGUAGCUUUGGCAAAGAAAGAAAAUGAUGAGGAUGGUGUUUCCCCUCCAAAAGGUAAAGCAAGCUCGAAGAAGAAGAAGAAGAGCAGGCGAUCUUCGAGAGGUAAAGCUCGUGGUAAGAAGAAACCAACAGUGGAAGUUAAGGACGAUGAUAUAGAGGAGCCGGAACCGGAAAUACCUCAAACAAAUAGUACAUAUGGAUUACUUGUUGGACCAUUUGGCUCAACGGAAGAUAGGAUUUUGGAAUGGAGUCCUCAGAAACGUUCCGGGACAUGUAAUAGGAAGGGGGACUUUGCACGUCUUGUUUGGUCCAGAAGAUUUAUCUUGAUAUUCCAUGAGCUUUCUAUGACCGGAGCUCCACUCUCAAUGUUGGAAUUGGCAACAGAACUUUUGAGCUGUGGUGCCACUGUUUCAGCUAUUGCACUUAGCAAGAAGGGUGGUUUGAUGUCAGAGCUUUCUAGAAGACGAAUCAAGGUGCUCGAGGACAAAGCAGAUCUCAGCUUCAAAACUGCAAUGAAGGCCGAUCUUGUAAUUGCUGGUUCAGCUGUAUGUGCUUCAUGGAUUGAAAAAUAUAUUGAACGUUUUCCUGCUGGUGCGAGCCAAGUUGCUUGGUGGCUCAUGGAAAACCGUAGAGAGUACUUCGACCGUUCAAAGGGUGUCUUGCACAGAGUAAAGAUGUUGGUUUUUCUUUCUGAAUCACAAUCUAAACAAUGGCAAAAAUGGUGCGAAGAAGAAAACAUAAAACUGCGAUCACAACCUGAAAUUGUUCCUUUGUCUGUUAAUGAUGAACUGGCAUUUGUAGCCGGCAUUUCUUCUACACUUAAUACUCCGUCUUUUAGUACUGAUAAAAUGAUUGAGAAAAGGCAGUUGUUGCGAGAAUCGGUCCGAAAAGAAAUGGGAUUAACUGAUAAUGAUAUGCUUGUGAUAUCUCUGAGUAGCAUCAACCCUGGAAAGGGCCAGCUUUUGCUUCUUGAAUCAGCAAGCUCAGUAAUAGAACAAGGACUGUUGCAAGAUGAUAAGAAAAUGAAAAAAUUAUCAAAUAUAAAGGAAAACUUGUCUACUAUGACUAGAAAACGUCGUAUUAGAAAAUUGUUACCAUUGUUGAAGGAUGGCAAAGUAGCAAGCAAUUCUUUAAGCAGAAGGAAACAGUUGUUGGCUAAUAACAAAGAAACAAUGCAACAAUCUCUCAAAAUUCUCAUUGGUUCUGUUGGAUCUAAAAGUAACAAAGGGGAUUAUGUUAAAAGUCUUCUGAGUUUCUUAGAACAGCAUCCAAACACUUCGAAAUCCGUUUUGUGGACUCCAUCCACAACACAGGUUGCCUCACUAUACUCUGCUGCAGAUGUUUAUGCCAUAAACUCUCAGGGACUUGGAGAGACAUUUGGACGGGUGACUAUAGAAGCAAUGGCAUUUGGUCUUCCGGUUCUUGGAACGGAUGCUGGGGGAACGAAGGAGAUAGUUGAGAACAAUGUUACAGGUCUUCUUCAUCCAAUCGGACGUUCAGCAGGGAACGACGUCCUUGCGCAGAAUCUUCUUUAUUUGCUUAAAAACCAGUUGGCAAGAAAGCAAAUGGGGAUAGAAGGCAGGAAAAAAGUGGAGAGGAUGUAUUUAAAGCAACACAUGUAUAAGAAAUUUGUUGAUGUUAUUGUUAGGUGCAUGAGAAGCAAAUAAGCCCUUGUAAUAAUACUCUCAUUCUUUCUCUUUUUCUCAUAGUUGUGCCAAUUUAUGACUAGCUAGUUCUCCUCUAUUUUCUUUUAUCAGAGGAAAUGAAUGUUAUUAUGCAUUUCUUGAAAAGCAAGAUUCAUUAUGGUUGGUUUGUGUACAACAAAUCAAUUAACUCAACAUAGUACAAUAGAAUCAAUAGUUUUUUUUCUUCCCUUAAA